AUGGUUCUGAGGAAGUCAAAGGAAUCUCUGAAGCGCAGGUCCGAGUUCCUGUUCUCUGAGGUGGGAUUGGAACCUGUGUACAUUGCUCAUCGACCGGUGAUUCUCAGUCUUAGCCUAGAGAGGCGGGUCAGGCCCCGGUACUAUGUUAUCAAGUUCCUCAAGAAAAAUGGACUGCUAGAUCGUGACUUGAGCUUAGAUUCUGCGGUCAAGAUGACUGACAAGGUAUUUGUGGAGAAGCUCAUAUGCCCUCACAAGGAAGCCGCGCCACACCUUGCUGAAGAUUAUGCAGCAGCUUGCAAAGGUGAAGUGCCAACUAAUUUCAGAUUUACAUGA